GCGCCUCCCUCCCUCCCUCUCCGAGGAGAAAAGUCGUGUGCAGUGGUGGUGUGUCUGUGAGGUUCCGAACUAGCCGGUGAAUACGGUGGAAAAAUGGCGGAUACGUCGACACUUUUCACUUCUAUAGGGCUCAGUGAGCAGAAAGCGAAAGAAACCCUGAAAAAUGAAGCGCUGAGUUUUGCCCUGAAGGACGCAAUUAUUCAGGCCCAGAGUGUCCGUGGGGCAUCAGGAGUGGACAAAGCCAUGGGUACAUUGCUGUACAGUAUGGCAUCUCGCCUUAAAGACAGCAAACGCCUGGCAUUCCUUUCAGACAGUAUUGCUCAGUGCAAAAUCUGCACAGAGCUACAGCUGGCAGCUGCACUGGAUUUUGUGAAGAACCAUCCUCAGGACCCCAUCAACCAGAAGGAGUUUGACGAAGCCUGUGGAGUGGGCGUGGUCAUAACACCGGAGCAGAUUGAAGAUGCAGUGGAGAAGGUGAUCAAGAAGCACAAGGAACUGCUGUUAAAGGAGAGAUACCACUUCAACAUGGGACUGCUAAUGGGAGAGGCGCGCUCUGCCCUAAAAUGGGCAGAUGGAAAGGUCAUUAAAAAUGAGGUGGACAUGCAGGUCCUACACCUCUUAGGAUCCAAGACAGAGGCUGACCUGGAGAAGAAACCUAAGCCCCAGAAAGCUAAAGUCGCAGAGAAUGAGGGAAAGGCGAAGAAAGAGGAGGUGGCAGUGAAUGGUUGUUCAGGUGAGGUGCUGACUGGGGAGGGAAAGUCGCUAAUGGAGCAGCUCAGAGGAGAGGCACUGAAGUUCCAUAAACCAGGAGAGAACUAUAAAACUGAGGGCUAUGUGAUCACACCGCACACAAUGAGUUUGCUUAAAAAGCACCUGGAGAUCACUGGUGGACAGAUACGCACUCGUUUUCCUCCUGAGCCCAAUGGAAUCCUUCACAUUGGACAUGCCAAAGCUAUCAACUUCAAUUUUGGUUAUGCUAAGGCAAACGACGGAAUUUGUUUCUUGAGGUAUGAUGACACAAAUCCGGAGAAAGAGGAGGAAAAAUACUUCACUGCUAUCAAGGACAUGGUGGAGUGGCUUGGCUACAAACCUUAUGCUGUCACGCAUGCAUCAGACAACUUUCAGCAACUCUACGACCUUGCUGUGGAACUUAUUCGCAGGGGUCAUGCGUAUGUGUGCCACCAGAAAGGGGAGGAACUGAAGGGCCAUAAUCCUCCUCCAUCACCCUGGAAAGAUCGACCCAUUGAGGAGUCCCUGGUGUUGUUUGAGAGAAUGAAGAAGGGCCUGUUUGCUGAGGGAGAGGCAACGCUCAGGAUGAAGAUGGUCAUGGAGGAUGGGAAGAUGGACCCUGUGGCGUACCGCAUCAAAUACACGCCGCAUCAUCGGACAGGAGAUGAAUGGUGCAUCUACCCCACUUAUGACUACACCCACUGUCUGUGUGACUCGAUUGAACAUAUCACACACUCACUCUGUACAAAAGAGUUCCAGGCCAGGCGUUCAUCAUAUUUCUGGCUGUGUAAUGCUCUCGAUGUGUACUGUCCUGUUCAGUGGGAAUAUGGGCGCUUGAACCUCACCUACACUGUUGUGUCCAAGAGGAAAAUCAUCAAACUGGUAGAGGCCGGCGUUGUCAGAGACUGGGACGAUCCUCGACUCUUCACUUUGACUGCACUGAGGAGAAGAGGUUUCCCACCAGAGGCAAUCAACAACUUUUGUGCACGGGUCGGAGUCACAGUUUCCCAGACAACAACAGAGCCCCACCUUCUUGAGGCGUGUGUGAGGGAUGUGCUGAACGACACAGCACCCAGAGCCAUGGCUGUGCUGGAACCACUCAAAGUCACUAUAACGAACCUUCCUGCGAACUCAAAGUCGGAUGUACGAGUACCAGACUUUCCUGCCAACGAGGCCAAGGGCAGCCACAUGGUUCCAUUUACACGCACAAUCUUCAUUGAACAGAGUGACUUCAGAGAGGUGAUGGAGAAGGGCUACAAGCGUCUGACCCCAGAACAGCCUGUAGGUCUAAGGCAUGCUGGGUAUGUCAUCUCUGUCCAGAAGGUCAUCAAGGAUGCUCAGGGCAAAGUGGUAGAACUGGAGGUGAGCUGUUGCAGUUCUGAGACUGCAGAGAAACCAAAGGCCUUCAUCCACUGGGUCAGCCAGCCAUUGGUGUGUGAAGUGCGACUUUAUGAAAGACUAUUCCUGCACAAACAUCCAGAGGAUCCAUCUGAAGUGCCCAAUGGCUUCCUGAGUGACGUCAAUGCUAAUUCCCUGCAGACAAUCAGCAGUGCCUUAGUGGAUACCUCAGUCAAGGGAGCAAAAGUUUUAGACAAAUUUCAGUUUGAGAGAGUUGGCUACUUCUCCCUGGACCCUGACAGCACCGCAGACAAGCUCGUCUUCAACAGAACAGUCACCCUCAAAGAAGACCCUGGAAAGAUCUGAUUGACUGAGAUCAAGCCGCACUUCCUGCUUCCCUCGAGCCCACGGAUGUUCAAAUUGUUUGCAUCACUUAAUGUGUAACAUCAGCAAGGGCACAGACUGCUUAGCCUGAGAUUGUCUCAAAUCAGAUACGGUAAUAAUUACAUGUCCAUAUUUCUAUACUGCAAUUCUCUUGCAUGGAUCUGUCUCACUGAAAUUGGAAAAUAUUAUUUUGUUUCUUGAUUGUCGGCUGUGAAUUCUUAAGAAAAUUGUGGCCAGCAAAAUUACUGCAGUAUCACUUUGCUCAAUCUCAAGCUUGGUUAGUCAGCGUCAGAGUCCUCUUGAUUCUUUUAUCUGCUGCAAUAAUAUUCACUUACAUUGUUUCCUCUUUGGUGAAUGUAUGCAACGUUGACGACUGUUCAACAAAGAAAUUUAAUAUUGGCUCUAAGCUGGUGUUACACAGAGUAUUUGCUCUCAAAUGCCAUAGAUGACUUUCUUAUAAAGGUGGUGAGUCACUGCCAAACCAUCAUGUUUUUUUUUUAAGACUCAGAGAGGUGCACAUGUGUCCUUUUGACAGGAGACACAAAUAAAUAAUACUCCAAAAAACAACAA